UGUCGGGUUGCGCGCGCGGACUGCCGGGAACGGGGCGGAGCGCGUCCCCGCCGGCGCGUGGAGGGAAGAGGCAGCCGCCGCGAUGGACGUGUUCCUCAUGAUCCGGCGCCACAAGACCACCAUCUUCACGGACGCCAAGGAAUCGAGCACAGUGUUUGAGCUGAAGCGCAUCGUCGAGGGCAUCCUCAAGCGGCCGGCCCAAGGAGCAGCGACUGUACAAGAUGAUGCCUUCGAGGCCUUACGCAUCAAGCCCUUCUCCAGCCCACCAGAGCUACCCGAUGUGAUGAAGCCCCAGGACUCAGGAAGCAGCGCCAAUGAACAGGCUGUACAGUGAGGGCCCCUGACCUGCCCCCAAAAGGCCCAUCUCCCCCCCCCCCCAAUAAAAGAGAUUUGGGUGUCAAAAAAAAAAAAGAAUUCCACGAUUCAAUUUUGAUGUCUAACACCUGCCAUCAUGGAAGGAAUGAAAGCCUUGGAGUCACACAGAUCUACUUAUAAAUCUUAGCUCUGCCAUGUAAAAAGUAUAGAAUGGUUUGAGUUGAAAUACGUUCUUCUUACUAAAGUAUCUCAAGAAUGGAAAAACAAGUAUCCAAUGUACUCCACACUAAUAUGAAGCCAGUAGAUGAACUGAUAUACCCACACACAAGAGAAAAACUCACUUCAAUUUAAGUUGGCAGGAAGGGGAAAGAGAUGAGGAGAAGGACUGGUGUGCUCCCACCUAAUAUAAUGUGCACAAUAUAAGGGUAUAUGGCACACCUCCUGGGGCGUGCCAGACACAAGUACAACAGGGACUUUACCUAAUAAAUGCAGACAUUGUU